AUGGAAAGUUUAAAUAAAACCUCAGUCUCAGAAUUUAUCCUACUGGGAAUCACCAAUAUCGAACAUUUAAAGAUCGUACUCUUCAUUACGUUUUUCUUUUUUUACAUGUUUAUCUUAUUAGGAAACCUCAGUAUUUUGGCUGCGGUGAUUAUUGAUCAUGGUCUGCACAGACCAAUGUAUUUCUUUUUGGCCAACCUUUCCUGUCUGGACUUAUUCUUCUCAUCUACCACAGUCCCGAAGAUGUUGGCCGGAUUGAUGAUGGGAGAUAUGAGAAUAUCUUUUCAGAGUUGCAUGGUUCAACUGUAUUUCUUUCAUUUGUUUGGCUGUACAGAGGCAUUACUGCUGACCUUAAUGUCCUAUGACAGAUACAUUGCUAUCUGUAAUCCUCUACGCUACCAAGUUCUUAUGUCAAACAGGGUUUAUGUUCAAAUGGCUUCUUACUGCUGGGUAAUUGGCUUUGUCUAUUCCUUGUCCCACACCAUACUUACAUCCAGACUGCCAUAUUGCAAUAUGAACAAAAUAACUCAUUUUUACUGUGAUAUUAAGCCCCUUCUCAAACUGGCCUGUGCCAAUACAAAACUAAAUGAAAGAUUGUUGACCAUAAUAUCAGGAUUUGUUUCUACCAGCACUUUUAUCUUGGUUAUGAUUUCUUAUAUCAUUAUUGGGUCCCACUUGCUAAACAUGCCUGUAGGUUCCAAACAAAGUUAUAGCAAAGCCAUUUCUACAUGCACUUCUCAUAUGGUUGUGGUUCUUUUGUAUUUUGGAAUUGCCAUGUGUACCUACCUGGGGCCUUCUAACAAGGAAACCUUGGAGCAGGACAGACUGACUGCUCUUCUUGUCACAGUUAUUACACCAGCUUUAAACCCUGUCAUCUAUACACUAAGAAACAAGGAGAUGAAGACAGCCCUAAAAAGGACAUUUUUUAAGAGAAAGUCCCUAAGAAAGUUCUAG